CAGGUUGAAAACCACUGCUUUAGGACAUUCAUAAGUAAGCAAUCUGGAAGAUUUUUAACCCUGUUAAACCCUAUAUGCCACUGUCCACUGGUGAGAUCCAGAAGAGCCUUCAUGUACAUUAUAAGCAACUACAUUGCAUUGCAAAGGAUAUUUUUCCUUCCUGGAUAAAAGCUGCUUUGGACCUCUACAGUCUGGUUUUUAAUAGCUUAUACCAUGCACUCAAGUAGUAACUGGCACUGCCAGUUCUAGGAAGGGUGGGCCCACAAAUUCCCAAAACAUCUCUGAGAUACUGCUAGGGAUAUCCCUCACGUGCUGAAAUGUGCCUGUCGCUAAAUUACUAAUUGAUCAUAAAACUUGGCCCUUUUCUUCCAUGGAGCUCAAAGCAGUUUACAUUGGAAUAAUGACUUUCACAGGAGUGUGUUUCCAGCCUGGGAGAGGCCAAGACUUGUGUAGCAGUGAGCUCUCCCAGCAGAGAGCACUCCUACACCAUUCCUACUGUUAUUCUGGCUGCAAUGAGAGGGGCUGAGCACACCUUUUGCCUUGGAAGCCUAUUCCUGGAACUGAAAGUUGAUUGCUUUUUUAAAAGAAACUGUCACUUCCAUUCUUCAAGCCAGCCUAUGAUGAAGCCAAACCAAUGUCUGGCUGUGAAAUGGGCCUGGUUUCCUCUGAGCAGGGCUAGAAACAACAUGCUUCCUUCCUCCGUUUCUCCCCAUUUAUCCUCAGUCCCCUCCCAGGUGAGAUACUGUAAAGCAAAGCAUCCUGGCAAGGGGCCAGCCCAACACCAUGCCUCCCCAUGCAAGCAGGUGCCUGACAGAAGAUGCCAAGAGCCCUGUUAGGUUUUUUGAAUGAAUAAUGGGCUGAUAUUUGCUCAGCCACAUAAAGACAUUUCUCAACCCUGCUGGUUCCUAGCCUAAGCAAAUGUUUGCAAGGCCCACGGGUGGCAUGAUCCAAAGGAGAAACAAGGCAUGUUGGUGCCUGGCAGCCAGGACAGGCACCCUAAGCUUCACUUUUAGCUGCCACCUUGGUCGUAUGUGAAGGAAUCUGGAGGCUCUUGCUGCCGGAGAACAUUUCCAGGUUAUUCCCAGACAUGUUUAUAACCGUGCUGUACGGUGGUAAGUGACCUGCCCAACCUCGAAUCUUCGAUGUCUCCUGUCUGUUCACAAAGAACCAGGUUACUUGGGAUGGGUGAUCUCGGGACGUGUCGGUCUCUGGGGAGACCUGUAGAGAAUGAGCAGGCUCUUUUUAACAUUAACUGUAAGGUCCAGCUUCUCCUGGAGAGUAUCAAGCGCUGCUGUGGCCGUGAGAGUGAAGGGGAAAUUGAGCUGGCAGAUGAGAGCGGCCAGGUGAAGAAUUUGCUCCAGAACCAGCAUUGCUAUGCCUCGGAGCUGCUGAACGAGAGAGAAGUGUGUGUGCUCCUCAGCGUUGCACGUUCAGAUGGCUCUGAAGAGGCAGUAUUUACACCGUUGCUGAAAGAUGAAGGAAUUAUUAACCCUAAAUUUCUAGCAAAGCUGGGGAAUUGGGAAGACUCCAAGGUACCGUCUGCCCGAGCAAGAUCCAGAAAGGCCAGCAGAAAACCCACCUUGCACUUAAGAGAUCCCAGCUGCUGAUAGUAAAAGGACUCAGUCACCCCAGGGCAACAGGAAUAAAAUGGUUUCCCCUUCUAAACAAGGCAAGAAACUCUGACCCAACAAAUAUCUGGGAGCUGGCGGGUGCUGAGAUACUGGCAGACCUCUUCUUCCCUGGUGCUGUUUGAAAACACUGGUAUAUGUUUGUGGGCUUAUUCCCGGGUGAAGCACCUUGUUUGAUGGUUUGGUUGCAGGAGCCUGCAGCACUAGCUGCCUUCUCUUUGUGCAUCUUCUUUCAUUCUGAGCAAUCCCAAAUCUGCUUUUGAAAAACACCUGCCAUUCUUUCUAUUGGCCAGUUUUACAUUAAACAAAUGGCAUGUUUCAUCAGUGGGCUCCCAGAGCAGUUCCAGCUGCACUUCUAAAGGAUGCAUUGUCUAAUUCUUGGCCCAGAAGUGGAAACCGCUUGAGUUCUGAUGUCAGGACUGAGCCCAGCUGUGCUGGACCACCAAUUAGUGUUAAAUCACUGCACCCUCUUGUGCUGAUAUUUUGCAGACCAGUUAAAAAGGGCAAUUCCAUAUCCAAAGGAGUUUGCAAUAAAAAGCACUGCAUUUCACAAUAUGCUUUACUUGCAUGCUUAAAGUUAGGCACAUGCUUAUCUCAUUGAGCUACUACUUCAGUGCAGUAUCUCACUUAUGUACUAUGCUAAAUCAAAGCCUUAAUCCUUUAUUUGCUACAAGCACACAGCAAAUUGUUGUUCGUGCUACAGCAGAGCUCCGCAGACCCCUCCUUGUUGCAAGACUUGGAUCAUGGAUCUUUGUACUAGGGGUGCACUGAUAAAGAUUUUUUUGGCUGAUACCGAUCCAAAAGCUGGCAGCUUAGC